AUGUCAAAGCUUGACAGUUAUAAUGGAAUGGUAGUUUCUAAGUACUUUAAAGAUAUUGAAGAUUUCAUUCGUCUUGAGUUUGUGUGUAAGAAGUACAAUGGCAAUAUGAAGAAGUUCCACUUUAAUCCAAUUCCAUUGACGUGCAAAACUAUUAACUACUUUCCAAAUAUCGAGACUUUUCACUUGUGGGACAAAAAUGAAGAGAAUUUUGGCAAUGGAUUUUUUUAUAACUUUGCAUGCAAUACGGACUAUGUAGAUUAUAACAAUAUUAACAAAUACUUCCACCGAGAGAUUAAAGUCGAGAAAAAGUUUUAUGAGAUAGUUUUGUGGUUCAAUGUUGAUUACUGCACCGUUGAAGCAAACAAAAGCCAAAAUUUUAUUUUCAAAAAUUUAAAGUACUCCAUCAAUGAUAGAAAAAAUGUCACUUCAAUUGGUAAUAACAGUUUCCGUGAAUGUAGUAGCUUAAGCAGUGUAGUGAUACCUUCCAGUGUAGUAUCCAUUGGUGCCAAAUGUUUUGAAAAAUGUAGAAAUUUAAGUCGUAUUGAUAUACCACACUAUAUCACUGUCAUUGGUUUUAAAUGCUUAUUUGGAAAUGAGACAUUGGGGGGCUUUGAUAUACCACCAAGUGUUAAAUGGAUAAACGACAAAGAAUAUAAGAGUGACUUCGUUUAUGUUGAAUAUGCCAUACCAACGAUCCAAUUACCUAUUGAUUUAAACACCAACCCUACUUAUGCCAUGUAUCCAAAUCUGGCACCUUUCAUCAACCCCGUUGGCAUGAUUAAUCCAGUCGGAAAUGGACCAACAGCAGGAAAUUAUAAGCCAGUUAAUGAUACAUACGAAGGUAAAAACACUUUAAUACAAUAUAAUAUACCAUCAAAUGUCAUUUCUAUUGAAUGUUGUUGUUUUUAUGAUUGCAGUUGCUUGAGCAGUGUUAUCAUACCAUCAAGUGUUGUAGCUAUUGGCGAUGGGUGUUUUUAUAGAUGCAGAAAUUUGAAAAGUGUGGUAAUACCAUCAAGUGUCACGGCAAUUGGUAGUGCGUCUUUCCGUGAAUGUAGUACUUUGAGCAGUGUAGUGAUACCAUCAAGUGUUGUAUCCAUUGGUGCCAAGUGCUUUGAAGAUUGUAAAAGUCUGAAUAAUAUUGUUAUACCAACUGUCACUACAAUUGGGUAUGAUUGUUUCAAAUCAAACACUGUAGUUCACAGAGAGUAG